UAUAGAAAAUGUUUAAUAAUACGUCACUGGAUAAUGCAACAGUGGACAUGCUUAAGAAUUCUGAUAUUAUGAUCAUCUUACCAACUGUGUAUUCGCUAGUUGUUAUCAUCAGUAUCCCUGGAAAUACUUUCUCACUCUGGAUUCUCUUCUUUCAUAUCAAACCCAGAACACCAUCAAUUCUUCUCAUGAUUAACCUCAGCCUCACGGAUCUUGCACUGGCCUCCUGUCUUCCCCUUCAGAUUAUAUACCACGUGAAGAAGAACAACUGGUCUUACGGCAUACAGCUGUGCAGCUAUGUCACAAUAAUGUUUUAUGCAAACAUGUAUUCCUCCAUAUUGACUAUGACCUUCAUCAGCUUUGAGCGCUAUUUGGGUGUAGUGCACCCACUGACAUCCCAAAAAUGGAGAAAAAAGAGAUAUGCAAUUGCCACCUGCAUUGUAAUGUGGUUUUUUGUACUAUUGUCCUUGUGGCCCCUUGCCUCAAAUGACUUGACUUUUUACGUAGAAGAGCUGAACAUUACAACCUGUUUUGAUGUCCUUACAUGGAAUAUGCUUCCCGAUAUUCAUGCAUGGGCAGCUUUCCUCCUGCUGCCCUUUAUUUUCUUUUUCUUGCUUCCAUUCACAGUUACAGUUGCUUGCUACACUGCCAUUAUUUGGAAGCUUAUUAAGGCUUCUCACAAGUGUGGCAAUGGGCAGAAGACACGGUCAGUCUACUUGGCUAUAAUAGUGCUCUUGGUUUUCAUCAUUUGUUUUGCACCCAACAAUUUUAUCCUAUUGGUGCACAUGGUCAGCCGUCUCACAAAUAAAGAGGGUUACUAUCAUAUUUACAAACUCACCUUGUGCCUUAGUUGUCUCAACAAUUGCAUAGAUCCAUUCAUUUACUACUUUGCAUCCAAAGAGUUUUAUCAGAAAUCCAUGCAGGUAGUAGUACGGAAGGUGCUACUGAGUGAUAGUUCAGAGACUAGAAGGAAAAGUAUAUUGUCUACCAGGACAUCAGGAAGAUCUCUAUUAAAUGGCCAUAAGGAUGGAUUGGAUGUGAUGAGAACAUGUUUGCAAAGGCAUGAAAGUGUUUUUAACACUAAUGCUCAAAAAUGAAGACAUUAUUCAUUCUAUUUCAUGAAACAAGCAAAGAAUGGUUAUCUCAAACAACUAUUGUACAAGCAAGGUUGGGGAACUCUAUUCAAUACCAGGAAAAAUUCUUGUCUUCAAAUAUGGCAAUUAUUAUAUCUAUUGUAAUAUGUAGCAACAAGUAAAAUGUAAAUGAGCAUUACCAUGCCACAAAUCCAUAGCAAUGACUCUGAGUUAGGUUCAAGUUGUAUGCUUAGAAUAGACACCCUGAAAUCAAUGUUGACUUCAGUGUGUCUAACUCUACAUAUGACUAAACCUGAAUAUACUUUCUUUGAGGAAACCCAGUAUGUAUUAUAAUCUUUAAAUUGUACCUUAAGAAAACAUAACUAUUUUGGCAAAGUUACAACUUUUGAACUGAACUUCAUCCUGUAGAAUUGUUGUCAACACUGAUCUGUUUAGGUUUUUUUAUACAAAAUAACUA